AUGAUCGGCUUUUUCCAGACCGACUCGCCUACAACUCGUCCUCAGGGUGCUCAUGGCUCACCUACUUCAAGCCUCGAAGACUCGCGGGGAGGCUUCGACUCCGAUGCCAGCAGCCUUGCCAGUUCGGCAGCGAGGCCUGAACUCGUUGACACACUCCAACUUGAGAUUCAAAUGCGCGACGAGCGCAUAAAAGAGCUAGAGUACGCUCACGAAGAGCUCCGGCGCACGUCGCAGUUCACCCAGGGACAGCUACUAGAAAAACUAAAAAAAGCAGAGAAGGAUAAAACAGACGCUCUUGGGCGUGCAGACAAGCUGCAAUGCGGGCACCAAGAGGCGCUAAAAGUCGAAAAAAUGGCUGAAGAAGAACAAAACAAAAAAAACGUCAACUUGGCACACUGCAGCCGGAGAAAGUAA